AUGCCAGACCGCAGCCCCUCAUAUGAUUCUCGCGAUAGCUCUCCAGAGCCAGAGCGCAACCGCGACCGCGAUCGCCCCGUCGAACGCGAAAAGGGUCGAGAUAAGGAAAAAGAAAAGGACCGAGAUCGCGCAAGGGAUCGGGAAAGAGAUCGAGAGAGAGAUAAGGAAAGAGAUCAUUACCGCGACAUGGAGAGAGACCUGGACAGAGACAUAGAUCGCGACAUCGAUCGCGAUGUUGACCGCGAUAUUGAAAGAGACCAUGAUCGCGACUAUGAGCGAGACAAAGAGAGGGAAAGGGAGCGAGAAAAGGAGAAACCCCGCGACAGACCUUUAACGGACAAGAAAGAGCGAGAACGCGAAAAGCCUGUGGAUGAUAGAAGAGAAAAGGAACGCAGCAAACCGAUAGACGACAGAAACGACAGUCGUGAUAGUUCCCCAGACGACAGGAGAGAUCGAGACCGCUUCAAACCGUUAAAUGGCGGGAAGAAUAGCCGUGAUAAGUUAUCAGAUGAUAGAAGAGACCGGGAUCGCAACAAGCCGCUCAAUGACCGGAUGGAUAGCCGUGAUGUGUCACCGGAUGACAGGAGGGAUCGCAACAAGCCACUCAAUGACCGAAGGGAUAGCCGCGAAGUAUCGCCUGAUGACAGGAGGGAUCGCAACAAGCCACUCAAUGACCGAAGGGAUAGCCGCGAUGUAUCGCCUGAUGACAGGAGGGAUCGCAACAAGCCGCUCAAUGACCGAAGGGAUAGCCGCGACGUAUCUCCGGACGACCGAAGUUAUCGAAGGCCACUGGAUGAUAGAAGAGACAGUCGUGACAUAUCACCAGAUGAUAGAAGGGACCGAGAGCGUAAUCGACCACUCGACGACAGAAGAGACAGUCGUGACAAAUCACUCGACGGAAGAAGAGAUAGUCGCGACUUUGGAAAAGACAGAGACUAUGAUGACCCCAGAGACAGAGAUUACGACACUGGUAGGGACCGAGAUUAUGAUAUCGGAAGGGACAGAGAUCCUGUCAAUGGGAGAGAUCGAGAUAGGCUUAGAGACCGGGACAUCGACAGAGAUAGGCGUCGCGACAGCCGUAUCCCUCCACGCGUGGCACGAGAACCGCGAGAGCAUCCUCCACCUGCUAGCAAGCGAAAUAGCAUUACAGGCCGCCUACUUGGAUCUUUCAGAGCAGCUCGUGGUGGCGGGGACAAGGAUAAAGAGAUCCCUAUACCAUCAGUAGCAGCCUCGGUUCAACGUCGUGCCUCUGCAGCUGUCAGCAAAGGCAGUCCAGUCACCCGCAUCCGCGAAUGGCUCGAUGCUUGCAACGCUGAGCAUCACCAUCACUGCGCUGUCUCAUCGGAGACUGAUAUCAAGACCUGGCGACCUACCUGGCUCAUUGAUGUCGUCGAUCGUCGCCUGGUUAAAGCGACUCCCAAAGAUCGUUAUCUGGCUCUCAGUUAUGUUAAUGGAUCUCACCGCAACGAACCGCUGGAAUAUAUGCAGCUGCUCAAGUCAAACCUGGCGGCUUUCGAGGAUCGCUUACCCAACCUUGAUAUGCCUCAGACCUAUUUAGAUGCUAUGUGGCUUGCAAAGAAGCUAGGAAUUCGACACAUCUGGAUUGAUCGCAUCUGUAUCACUCAGGAUAAUCGAGAGGAAAUGGACGAUCACAUCAAACACAUGGCAUACACCUUCGCCAAUGCUUACCUCGUGAUCGUGGCAGCUUCUGGCGACAUUCACAGUGGACUGCCUUCCCUUGACCCAAAGCGAACAUCAUCACGAGGCAUUCGAACCACUGGUCGUACUCACCAAGAGCUAGUCGCAGCUUCGACGUGGUACACCAGAGGCUGGACUCUUGUCGAGCGCAUCUAUUCUCGACGCUCGGUCUUCUUUUUCGAGGACUCGAUGACUUGGGAGUGCCACUGCGAGACCUGGCAGGGAAGUCCAAACAGUGUUAUGAAGAAGCUUCGAGGAGGUCGUCAAGAGUGUAUUGGCAGUAUUCCUGAUGCUGCCUUUGCAUUUCAACACCCACCUUGGCCUGACCUGGACGAGUACGCUCGAUAUGUUAUGGAAUACAGUGCACGGAAAUUGACGCUUGUCGACGAUACACUCCCUGCGUUUGCUGGAAUUACUCACGUACUCUCUCGAUCUUUCCCCGGCGGUUUCAUCUAUGGCAUGCCUAUUAUGUUCUUAGACAUUGCUCUGCUUUGGCGACCUCAUGCUUCCAUUCGCAGAAGGGCGCUCUCUCGGCCACCCUUCCUUCCCUCGUGGUCUUGGAUGGGUUGGUGGUUUGAUAAUAUUCCAGUCGAUUUAACCUUAUGGAGAGCUGCUGCAGACUAUGUCGAAGAAGCCCGAACUGGAAAACGUGGCCAAGAAUCGAAACGGUACCGUUCCGCCCACCCUUUCAGGAUCAGACCAACCGUUUCUUGGAGCUUGACAGAUCGUGCUGCGACUGUUCCAGUCAUGAACACCGGUCUACAGUAUCAACAUCUCAGAGGUCGUCGCACCCCUAACGCGGACCUUCCUCCGGACUGGGUCCGUAGUGGCUCACACUAUAUUCAUGAAAGCGAUGAGACUGCGACGUUCAAGUACCCCAUCCCUGUCGAAGAUCCUGUGGAGUCUGGUGGCUAUGAGCCUGCAGUGGGCGAACAAGCCUAUCCAGGGCCGUUGCUUUCGUUUCGAACAACUUCCGGUUUCUUCGAGGUCGAAUUCCAUACUACCCUGGCCCAUCGCGAACGACCUAACCCACCGCUCGCUGUGGGUAAAAUCUGGAGCAAGGGCAAUAAGUGGGCAGGUCAGUUCCGUGCUCACGAUGCAUGGCUAGGCAUUCAAUCUUCCAACUACGACGGUGAAGAACGUCUUGAGUUCAUCGCCAUAUCAACGGCCACAGAGCGUCGUGGUUCUCACGUCUUCGACACAGACAAAUUCGAAGAGCACAUGGACGCAGAUGAUAUGGUCGACUUUGUCAACGUUCUGUGGAUCGAGCGUAUUGGAGAUAUUGCAUAUCGACGAGGUGUUGGGCAGAUCUUGCUCAAGGUUUGGGAGACACAAGCUAAGGAUGAGGUCGCAAUUCUACUUGGUUAA